GGUGCGCUUCAGUGCGCAUGCUCAGUGCGGUGACGCCGCGGCCGCGCGCGUGUGAAUGUGUGUGUGCGCGCGCGAGAGAGAGCAUUAUUUGUCAGCGAGGCGGCGGAGCGGCGCGAGCGAGCGAGCGAGAGAGAGAGGGUUUCCCGGGAUUAACCGAGUGAAUUACCGGCCGAACCGCCCGGAAGAGCCGCGGUGAGAAGAACAGCGACCCGCGAGACCCGGUGUGGUGAUGUCAGAGGACACGGUGCGGCAGACACGCAGUCAGAAGCGAGCUCUAGAGCGGGACUCUGUGGCCGUGGACGGGAAGCAGCUGAAGCUGGAUGAUGUGGAGCGUUCCCGCUCAGAGACCUCCAGCAUCCUGAAGGCCACCAUCAAAGUGGAGCUGAAGACCGGAGACGAGCCCACGGACACCAGCAACACAGAGAUGAAGAGAGACACGAGUCCGUCGCCUGAUGAUGUGAUCGUUCUGUCUGACGAGCCGCUCAGUCCACAGGUGAACGGAGGAAAUCACCUCAAAGAGCUGGACGUGGAUCUGCUGAUGAGGAGUUCUCCACAGGAGCGCGAGCGUGUCAUCAAGCAGCUGAAGGAGGAGCUGUGUUUAGAGGAGGCCAAGCUCAUCCUGCUCAAGAAACUCAGACAGAGUCAAACACACAAAGACUCCGGAGCUCAGAAGCCGACGGCUCCUGUGUCCAGCGCUGCUCCUCUGCUGAAGGGAUCUGCUGCUGCUGCUGCUGGGAAAACAGCACAGCCUGUGAUCGCCGCUCGGGCUGCUGGGACAGUGAUUCCUCCUCCGCUGGUGCGCGGCGCUCAGGCGUCCAAACACGGCUCGUCCGGCGCUCAGGUCAUCAUGCCUCCGCUGGUCCGAGGAGCUCAGUCGAUCUCCGUGUCAGCGCAGCAGAUCUCUGUCCUGAGACAGCAGCAGAACUCCUCCUCGGGUCCUCCUCCGCUGCUCCUCGCUCCCAGAGCCACACUGAGCAGCGUCCCGGGACAGAAGAUCCUCCAGCCCGGACUCAUACGCAUGAGCAGCAUCCCCAGCACAGGCCUGCUUCUCAGCAUCAGCCAGGCCGCCGGCUCGAAGCUGAAGAGCGUCCCGAGUGUGAGUAUGUCUCCAGACAGCCGUCAGGUGGCUAAACUAGCGCUGCGCAAACAGCUGGAGAAGACACUGCUGGAGAUCCCGUCACCCAAACCGUCCUCACCGCAGCUCAGCUUCCUGCCGUCGGCGGCCAGUAACGAGUUCAUCUACCUGCUGGGGCUGGAGGAGGUGGUGCAGAACCUGCUGGAGUCUCUGGGCCGAGGUCAGCAGGGUCUGUACGCUGGUCUGGUGGUCAGUUCUGGGGAUCCGAGCUGCUGCUCUCAGUGUCAGACAGACUUCACGUGCCGCUGGCGGCGAGACGAGGGCGGAGCCAUCAUGUGUGAGCAGUGCAUGUCGUCCAAUCAGAAGAAGCAGCUGAAGGCUGAACACACCAAUCGGCUGAAGGCGGCGUUCGUCAAGGCUCUUCAUCAGGAGCGUGAGAUCGAUCAGCGCGUGCUGCAGCAGGCCACGCCCCCUGCCUCCUCCUCCUCCUCCUCUGCACAGGUGAUGAAGGUGCACUCGUCCUCAGUCCAGCAGGGCGUGAGCCGUCACUCAGCCGUCAGACAGAUGUCGAUGCGCCCCGUUCCUCAGUCCUUCUCCUCGUCCUCUCAGCUGCAGAACGCAGUGGCGGCCGCCGCUCUGGUCAGCAGGCCAGGUAAGCAUGCCGAGCGUCAGGGGUCAAAGGUCGGCAGCAGCGUGAGGAAACGGAGCAGCGGUGGAGCAGCAGGCGUGACCAUGGCGUAUGUGAACCCCAGUCUGUCGGGGCAGAAGCCAUCGGUGGUGGAGCGUCAGCGGGAGUAUCUGCUGGACAUGAUCCCGUCUCGCUCCGUCUCACACACCACAAACACCUGGAAGUAGAAGCUCUGCUCCGCUCCGGAUCCAUCUCAGCGACACACAAGGGCUCCGAGUCUCAUCUGGUGUGACAUCAUCACUUCACUUCCUCCCCAGAGCCUCACAGAGCUUCUCUU